AUGCCCCCAGAUGUGGUAGAAAAUGUAAGGAAGGUGAAAGACAUAGGAAUGAAGAAAUACGAUGCAUUUGUUGACAAGCGAAUCAGGUCACAGGAAGAGGCAUUCACUGCUCCAAUAUCACACACCAGGCUGAAGUUGUUCAAGGCUCGGCUUUCCCAACCACAAAGCAAAUCAGAGGUGGCUGUUGUCAAGGACCAACAUGCACAAGUGACCAAACUUUUGCUGGCUGUUCAUUCUGGUCGCGAAAUCAAUGAGGGUGUGUUUUCGCAUGAAAGUUCCCACCACCCACCCUCUCUUACUCGGAAAGGGAAAAUGCACCAUGGAAACAAGAGUGAGAUCCUAGAUUGCAUUGUUCCCAGGGAUCUCGACAAGCAUAGACCAGUGACAACUGCAGCUGUGUUGGAUGGUGCUGUACUUGUCCAAAUGCUUCGUCCUGGAAGUGCUGCGACCAUUGGACAGUAUUUCACUGACGUGUUAGCACCAUACAUCCUUUCCUGGUUUGACAGAAAUAACCGCAUUGACAUUGUCUGGGAUGUGUACUCCAAGACAAGUCUGAAGUCAGGCAUCCGGGAGCAAAGAGGCACUGGUGCGAGGAGGAGGGUGACUCUCUCAACCAAAGUUCCUGGGAACUGGGCUGCCUUCCUACAGGUGGAUCUGAACAAGCAGGAGUUGUUUGUGGAGCUGGCCAAAAGCUUGAAGCAGAUGACACUUCCACAGGUAUUACUGUAUGAAUUAGUGUGUCUUCUGGAUGGUUGUACAUGCUGUAGUCAAUAAGUCUGACUUCAUUAACAUAUCUUCAAUUACACUGUCUUAUUUUAGGGCAAGGAGCUAUUCACCACGAUACUUGAUGAAUGUGUAACAUCACCAGCUGGCAUUAACACUAAUGCAUUGGCCCCUUGCACACAAGAAGAAGCCGAUACUCGGUUGUUUCUGCAUGUGGCUGCAGCUACACUUGCUCGACAUUGUAGAGUGAUGGUCCGCAGCAGUGAUAGCGAUGUUGUAGUAUUGGCCAUUGCCGCUUUUGUGGCCCUUGAACAGAGGAUGGAUGAGCUCUGGAUUGCAUUUGGAGUACACCGUCACUUCAAGUACAAUCAUCUCUAUGUUAAAUCAAGUAUUUCACUUAAUUUGGCAAAGAAGUAACCAAUUCAUUUUCCCUCACCAGGUACAUUCCAGCACAUGCUAUUGCUCACAGCCUGGGACCAUCAAAGGCAAUGGCACUGCCAGCAUUCCACGCUUUAACAGGGUGCGACACCACCUCAGCUUUUUUUGGCAAGGGCAAGAAGACAGCUUGGUCUGUGUGGCAGUCCAUGCAUGUCUGAACUGACCUUGCCUCUUCUGCUGCUCUCUGGCCCUAGCCCUACAACUGAGAUUAUCAAAACCAGCACACCCAUACUCCAGAGAUUUGUCCUGAAGCUGUAUGGCGUGUCCGAGGACGACAUCAGGACUGUGGAUGCUGCUCGACUCUCCCUUUUCCUUCACAAAGGAAGAGACUUUGAUCACAUGCCGCCAAGCAGUGAUGCACUCCAUCAGCACCUCCUCAGGUAACGAUAUAAGACAGCCAUACAUAGGGGCAUACUAUUUAAAUGUCAUAAAGUAUAUCACUAAUCGUAUUUUUCUUUACAGAGUGGACAUGUUUGGGGCAAUAUGCUGAUCAAAGAUGCUGCUACUGUCUCACCCUCACAGUGGGGAUGGCAGCAGGAUUCCCCAGACAGAGCACCCACACCUCUGUACACGACUACUGCAAUUAUUUCAAGGGACUUGCCAGAACUUAUUUGCAAGUGCAAGACAGACUGUAAGCCACCUUGCAAAUGCUGCAUGCAGAGGCAGCCAUGCAUGUCUCUCUGUGGAUGUCAUGGUUCAUGCACCCGUUAUGAUGCUAUGGAAUUGUAAAUCUCUGCUGUAUUACUUAAAUUACAUUUACAUUUGUAAACCCAUUUAUUUCGGAGAUGAAGGGUGAUCUUGUCUCUUUGGAUAAAAUGUUUCCUAUGGCCCUAAGGUACUUCCAUGCCAAAGGAACAGUAAAUCUCAGUUUAGGGGGAGGGGUGGGGGGGUAAGUUACCCUGUCAAAAUGUACAUUUUAUAAUGAAAUUUGCAUAUUUUACCCCCCGUUGUCAUGGUAAUUAAUGAUGCAUUGGGUUUUUUACAUUGAAACCUAUUUAAUUGAAUUCCUAGACCCCAAAAAUUUGCACUUUGACACCAAUAUUAUGAUUAUAGCUCUAACAGAAGCAGAGAUAUGGAGUCUGGUGUAUUGGCGGUUUAUUGUCGGCGGCCAUUUUUAAAAUGGCGAUAAAAAGAAAUUGAAGGGUGAUCUAACUUGUCUCUUUGGAUAAAAUGUUUUUUAUGACCCUAAGGUACUUCCAUAUCAAAGGGGACAUUUGUAGCAUGACUUGAAGUAAAAUGUGACUUAGGGCCCCAACUACUUAGAAGCCAGCCAGGUGGCCCAGGCUAAUGAGCAGACUCUCUCUGCAUUAGCUACUAAAUUACAGCAAUUAACAGACUUAAUCACUUCAUCGGCUGCUACCCAUUCCUCGCCGGCUACCCCAACUCCAGCUCCAGUUCCAGUUCCAGGUCCAGCUACGGCUCCAGUCGCUCCUCUGCCCAGUGGUACUCCGGAGCCCCAUGUGGGAGUCCCAGAAUGUUAUGA